AAAGUGAAGCUGCUGAAACGACAGGUCGUUUAAACAAAGAAAGAAAACGCUCGCCUCCUUCUCUCUGCUUGCUUUUAAUCUAUUUAUCUAAUUCUUACUAGCGCAGACUCGUGUUUAUGCAACCCUGUUCCCAGUAGUCAGUCAGAUGGAUAACUGGAGCUUCUUUAUCCAUCGUCUCCUUGUCCUUUAAAACUCUCCGUUUCUAAUACGAACCAAAUGAUGGGUUUCUUUUUCUUCUUCUAUAUGUUUCUUUAAGUUUCCUCUUUACUUUUACGGAUUAGUAAUCGUAUUACUAUGAAUAAAAAUGUGAGAUUAUGGAGGUAACGGUACUUAUGGAAAUGAGGAAUUGUGGGAUAGCUGUUCCUGUUCCCGUUUCUCUGCAUCGAAGUGUGACCGUUCGUCUUUCAUCUUCAUCCAAUAGCAGCAGCAGCUUGGUAACACCAUGUUCCCCCAAAUCCUACGACUUGGAUGUGGGUAAUGGAGAUGUGGUAAAAAAGUGGACUGGUACUAGUACUGUUGAUUGCUUUAAGUGGCGUUUGGUCAUUGCUUAUGAUGGCACCCGUUAUGCAGGUUGGCAAUUUCAGCAAUCCCCUCCGACUAUUCAAUGCUACUUGGAAAAAGCUUUAAUUCAAGUUACCAAGCUUGAUAGGAAGGAUCUUCUUUUAGUAGGUGCCAGCAGGACUGAUACUGGAGUUCAUGCCUUCGGUCAGGUGGCCCACUUUGUUACACCUUUCAAUUAUCCCAGCUUGGACACCAUUCAUGCAGCUCUCAAUGGUCUCCUUCCACCAGAUAUCCGUGUUAGGGAAAUUAGCCCCGCAGUUCCUGAAUUCCAUGCUCGUUUCUCAACUAUAAGCAAGCUUUACCACUACAAGAUAUACAAUGACACCUUCAUGGAUCCUUUUCUUCGCCAUUAUGCUUAUCAUUCUACUUAUAAACUCAAUGCUGCAGCUAUGAGACAAGCUGCCAAGUAUUUUAUUGGGAGCCAUGAUUUCUCUGCUUUUGCCAAUGCAUCUCGUGACGAUCGAGUCCCAAAUCCGGUGAAGACUAUUUUUCGUUUUGAUGUAAUCGAAAUGGGAGCUCUGCUACAGCUAGAAGUUGAAGGCACGGGUUUUUUGUAUAGACAAGUGCGAAACAUGGUUGCUUUGCUUCUUCAAAUUGGAAAGGAAGCAGUUCCUCCUGAGAUUGUUCCAAAGAUUUUGGCAGCUCGUGAUCGGAGGGAGCUGGCCAAAUAUGCCUUGCCUACCCCGCCUCAUGGACUCUGCCUUGUCUCUAUCAAGUAUAAUGAAGAGCACCUCCGGCUUCCCUCUGGUUGUCCUACAACUAGCUUUGGAAGCUUUGCAGGUUUCAUGUCUGCGGAAAUAGAAGUUAGAAAUUAGAAAUUGCUACCACAUAGUAGGUUAGUGGAGCGUUCCGGUACCCGAUAUUUACAGAUUGAACAGACAAAUUGAUCAUGCAAGUGCUGAUGAUGUCCAACAAGAUAGGGAGGCACACCACACCGGUGCAACUACUCUAAAACGGACCUUAUGAUUGU